UCUGUUAACAUGGAUGAUAGAUCCAACAAAAUUAUCCUGGUUCCCGUAUUAGCUGUUCUUUUCGUCAUGAUCGGGUAUCAGUACAUUUGCCCUGCUGGGGGUAACUCUUGCCCGCUCAGGACAGGGGAGAAGUUGCGGGGUGUGAGUCCUCCGUCCGUCGACUAUUCCUCGGCUGAGGAUUUGUACAGGGAUCAGGAGCUGGAGGAUGACUAUCCUCCCAGAUUCGUCCCCAAGUUCAACUUCACCGAGAGGGACCUGGAGCGCCACGUGGACUUCGACAUCCGAGGCGACGACGUCAUCGUGUUCCUGCACAUCCAGAAGACCGGCGGUACCACGUUCGGGAGACACCUGGUCCGGAACAUCCGCCUCGAGAAGCCGUGCGACUGCAAGCCGGGUCAGAAGAAGUGCACGUGCUACCGGCCCGGCAAAGAGGAGUCCUGGCUCUUCUCGCGCUUCUCCACAGGCUGGAGCUGCGGACUGCACGCGGACUGGACCGAGCUCACCAACUGCGUGCCUGACGUCAUGGAGAAGAGACAGGCCGCGCGGAGCCGCAGGAACUUCUAUUACAUCACGCUGCUAAGGGACCCCGUGUCGCGCUACCUGAGCGAAUGGAAACACGUACAGCGAGGCGCUACCUGGAAGACCUCGCUGCACAUGUGCGACGGGCGGUCGCCCACGCAGGACGAGCUGCCUGCCUGUUAUCCGGGGGAGGACUGGUCGGGCGUGUCUCUGCACGAUUUCAUGGACUGCUCUUCGAACCUGGCCAACAACCGGCAGGUGCGCAUGCUGGCCGACCUGAGCCUGGUGGGCUGCUACAACCUGUCCUUCAUGAGCGAGAGCGAGCGCAGCCACAUCCUGCUGAGCAGCGCCAAGACCAACCUGAGGAACAUGGCCUUCUUCGGCCUCACCGAGUUCCAGCGCAAGACCCAGUACCUGUUCGAGCGGACGUUCCGCCUGCGCUUCAUCUCCGCCUUCACGCAGAUCAACAGCACGCGCGCCGCCGGCGUGGACGUGGGCGAGGACGUGCGCCAACGCAUCGAGGCGCUCAACAUGCUGGACGUGCAGCUGUACGAGUACGCCAAGGACCUGUUCCUGCAGCGCUUCCAGUACGUCCGGCAGCAGGAGCGCCAGCAGGAGCGGCUCAGGAGGCGGCAGGAGCGACGCCGGCUGCGAGAGCAGAGGGCCUUCCUGUCCCAGCAACGGCGGGAGAACGAGGAGGACGAGGAGACGGUGGUCACCACUGAGGACUACACCAGCCAGGUGGCACGCUGGUGA